AUGUGUCUUAAUAUUUUGCGGAUCUGUCUUUUUCUAAGUGCUAUAGUUUUUUCUGUAUGCGAGAGUGGAUUUGAUUUAAUAGCAACUACAGACUUCGAUGAUCUGAUACUAAAAUCUAUUCCUUGUAUUCAAGAAAUUUGCAAUAAAUAUUUCAACACGGGCCAACCAAUAGGCGGGUCCAUGGUUUUAGUGAGUUUGAAUGGAGAUGACCCUAUAUUACAACAGAAAUUAUUGACAAUUUUAAACAGAGAAAAUAGUUACGCUUGGACUGUUAUGAUUAAAGAUCAGAGUCCAGAACAUAAUUAUGAAUCCGUCGAGAAAGCAAAGAACUAUUUCACAAUAAUUGAUAAGUCCGAAGAUAUUCUCGAAAUUAUAGGAAAGUGGAAGACUUUGUCAACUUGGAAUCCAAUGGCUCAAGUGGUGAUUCUUAUGGCCAACGCAAUGGAUUUAAUUGAACUGGAAUCAAAUAGAAGGAAUUUAAUUAUAUUGCUGUUGCAAAACCAUGUUCUCAACGCAUACAUUGUGUCACUACAAAGUAAUUCUAGUCGUAUUGAAGUAGCCACUCUUUUUCCUUAUGAUGGCGAAAACUGUGCGGAUCAAGUGUUGGAUAUAAGUAUUGUGGAUGUUUGUGAAUAUGAUCCUGAAAUUGACUUGAAUGUGGAAUUGGAAAAUAUAGCUCAAUGGGAAGUGUUUAAUCACUAUGAAAAUAAGCUGCCGAAUGAUCUUCAUAGUUGCCCGUUAAUGGUAUCUGCUCGCAUGUGGGAACCAUACGCGUUUUAUGAUUCUAAAGAAAAUGACUUUAGUGCUGGAAUCGAUGUAAAUAUUGUGAGGACAAUAACUGAACGCUUGAAUAUGUUUCUGUACAUUGCCCCACAAAAUGGCACCAUUUAUGAAGUACAUGAGGAAAUUGUCAAGGGGGUAUUUGACUUUAUGAUUGGCGGAAUUGAUGAAGACCCCGCUCUCGCAGAUUAUCUUUCAACUACAAUCCCAUACUAUCAGGACGAUUUAACGUGGUGUGUUGCUAGAGCAGGUACUUCCCUAGCAUGGAUGAAGAUAUGGGAAAUGUUCGAUGGCACUACCUGGUUAUCUGUUUUCAUAUUUCUACUCAUUGCUACUUCGUUCAUAUUUGGAUUUCAACUGUCCAUUGUGAGGAGGCAUAAAUUUAUCGAGAGCGUUCUUUCUGCGAUUUCGAUAGUCUUGAAUCAACCGCUACUAAUAACUAAUUAUACGCUGCCAUUUCGCUUUGUUAUGAUUGGUUUUAUUGUCUUUGGGAUGAUUCUUAAUAUCAUGUAUCAGUCGCUGUUAAUUACGACUCUCACGAGACCAUCUUCAGAACCUCAGAUUAGUAAAACAGAACAACUAAUGAACUUGAAAAUGAGAGUGUUUGGAGGAUAUGAAGUUGGUAGGAACAUGGAUAAAAAUGAUUCGGUUCAACAGUACGUUCGUUCUAAUCUGGAAAGUUGUCGCAAUAUCGAAGAAUGCCUGAUUUCUUUGAGCCAGGAUGAGAAGCGAGCAGUCGCAGCAUCCCGAGAGCAUGUUCGUUAUAACCCUAGGAUCCAGCGAGAAAAUAUUUAUUGUUUCCCAGUUCUUGAAAAUAUCUAUUCCUAUCUAGUGUCAAUGGUCUCGGUAAAAAGUUUUCAUCUUUUGGAUAAAUUCAAUCGUAAUAUCAGAUUAAUAACAGAAGCAGGACUCAUAUCUAAGUGGAAAUCGGAGCUAGACCAUACGAUGAACUUAAAAGAGGAAUUAAAGAAAAUUACUAAUUUGGGACCCAAACCAUUAACAUUUGCUGAGCUAUAUGGAAUCUUUAUUAUGACAAUAAUAUUAUUAUUCUUGGCUUCUCUAACUUUCCUUUUCGAGCUUUUGGUCUUUAACAUGGCAAGGAGAAAAAACGCAAGUAGAUUUUGGAAGUAUUUUGAUCAGAAAUUGCAACAAAAUAAACAAAAUACCGGAAAUAAACUUCAAAAGCCGGAAAAAGUUAACUUACCAACAAAGUAUAAGAAAAAAUAUGAUAAAUUUUUAAAAAACAAAUAAAUUUAUUUGUUGGUCGACGUGUUUUUAUUCUUGUCACAAUUCACGCCCAUUUUUAUCUAAAUCAGGAAAAUAGAAACAGUUGUUUUUAAUGUGUUUAGCGAACCCAUUCAUAGAUUUUAAAUAAAUUAUAAAAACAAGGCAAAAAAUAUGUGGCAAUAAAACUAGUUUCUAAAGUUACAGUAGCAUUUUAUCAAAGAUAGACAUCAUUUUCAAAUAUAUAAAUCUACCCUUGAUUCACCUUAACUUUUUGUGUAUAGUUCACAAUUCACGCAUAGAUGGACACAAGUAAAUUUUUUUGGAAAACGUCCAACAUUAUUAGUCGUACCAUAUGCAUAUGUAUACAUAUUGAUGUUGCCGAAGGUUUGAAUCAACGUCUGGUAAAAUAAGAAUAUUGGAUAAAGUGUUUAAAUGUCAUUAACUGUUUAUUAUUCGAAAAAUAGUUCAAGGCAGAAUAUCCCCAAAUUUAUAUUUUUAUCAAGUUAAGUAGCUAUUAUAGUUACGUUGGCACACAUUUGUAAUACAUUAAUAGAAAUACAUUAAAAUUAACAAUGUUAAUCGUCUGCUUGGCUAAUUUACAUAUCGAAUUAAUUUGCUUUAUAUUGUCAGGAAU